GUUUACACACAAGUCUGUUUGGGGGGUUUCUGUUCUUAGUCAGACCCCAUGAGUUAAAGGCCUGUCAUCUGGGUGCUAAUCGGAGACUCUCUCUUCCAGGUGAGGUAUGUUGGUUCUUGUAAUCAUUGUAAGGGUUUCUGAAUCAUCAUGGUCAGACCCAUCAACAAGAAGUAUCGCAAGAAGUAGUUUGAGGUGGUUGGGCUAUCUUUCUUGGGAGGAUUUUCACACGUCCCUCCAAGAGGACAUCUCUGGGCAGACGCAGAACUGAGUGGAGAGAUUCUGAAAGUGGAACUGGAAAAAUUAUGUCCUGCAAAAGUCCAUUUAUUUCAGUGAUCCAACUGAGAGACCAUCUAAAGGCUCAAGAACCUGUUGCAGUUGUUCUAGGUUCACUAGCAGAUUAGAGUGUGACACCUUGAGUCUAGAAUAUUGAACCUUUUCAAAGUAUUCUGAUUGUCUGAGAUUAUGAAUGUAGGGUUUUCAUAAGCUGUAAGCCAUAAUCAUCACAGUUAUAACAAAUAAAGGCUUGAAUUAUCUGGCUUUUCAUGAAAUGAGUCUAUCUCGUGUGUAAGUUUCACCUUUUAAGCAGAAUUACUGAAAUAAAUUAACUUUUAUACCAUAUUCUAAUAUUUUGUGUUUCACCUGUAGCUCACAGCAGGCCUGGGAACACAUCAGAGUCCCUCUGGAAGAGCUUGAAAAAGGAGCGGUGGAGAGAAAGCUCUGGGGGAUAUCUUCUUAAGCUGCUGGGUUCUGGAUGAAUAGAAGAUAGAUGAAAACCUUUAGUUAAACAUCUUGAUUUAUCUCUGUGGAUCUACAAAUGCCUCUCAUUUUAAAGUGUAUCCCUUUGUUUGUUUAAGCUGCCUCACAUUUGCUUAUUUCCAUUAGUUUUGUUUUACAUACACACACACACACACACACACACACACACUUGGCUUUGUUUCAGCAUACCUUCAUAUAUAUCAUCUUGUGCUGGUUUGAAUGUCUUUAGAACUACACCAGUUUAUCACCAUUUUAAAAGUAGAACCAAGUGUUUUCAGAUUUGCAAACUUUUGUAACCCUUGCAGCUAUGUGCCCUGUUACACUGGAGAACUGUUUCAGGGCUCAGGGUCAAGAAGGUCAUCAGAGAUGGAUGGAUGACAAAUCUGACCUCACAUGGAGGUGAAGAGACAUGAAGCUGUGGGAUAAAAGAUUCCAUCAGUGGUGAAGUAGAAGCUUGCUCAUACUGUAGUAACUGUGUGUGGAGUCUGCAGCAGGCAGUACACGGCUCACAACUGACCCGGGCUCAUCUGAGGGGACGCGGGUUGUUUCAGCAUCAGAUUGUAUAAAUAUCUGUGAGCUGUUGGGGAGAGCUCAGUGGUGCAGAGACCUGCAGAGACGGAGACAGGAGGAGGAGAGACAGGACACAAGAGACACCCGAUAGAAGAGGAAACAAGGAAGAAAAUCUUCACUUGAAUUUGGGAAUCAGAAGAUUCAAAACAAAUCUUAAAAGGGAAAUAAGCUGGGUAGAAACAAAUUAAGAGUUUUAGAACAACUACAUGAAGACGGUCUAAGACAUGUUUUUCCUUCUGUCUCUGUGUAUAUUUGGUCUUCUCCUGCGAGGUGACGCCCAGGAGCGAGCCUCUCUGUGGAGGGGAAACGACAGAAGUGGACAAUGCCAGUACACCUUCACGGUGCCCAGCCCGGCAGAGGCAAGCUGCCCGCAGGCCAGUGCUCCAGAGGUGGAGGGCCUAAAGGCCAGGCUCAGCAUACUGGAAGCCCUAGUGUCCCAGCUGAGCGGGAAGGACACCCAGUCACCAGGAGGUCAGCGGGGAGCCAGUGUCAGAGGUCACUCUGAGCUUCAGGAGACUCUGAACCGAGCUGUAGGAGAAAGAAACCUGCUGCAGGGGGAAAAGGAACGUCUGGAGAUGGAAUUGGAGGGGCUUCGGCUUAGGAUGGAGGAGAUGAGGAGGGAGACAGAGAGGCUGAGGAACAGACCGUGUCUUCCUCAGAACCCAGUGGUGCCACCAAGCUUUCCUCAGCGGGACAGGAGUCCAGUCAGACCUGCUGUUGGUUCCAAUCAGAUGUCUCAUCUGAUGACCAGGCCCAACAGGCAGGGCGACAGCAGCAGCCUGAGAGAUUCAGCGUGGCAGUACGGAUCUCAGGGUUUUCAAGAGCUGAAGGCUGACGUGACCGAGGUACCUGCUCCUGACAGCCACCAAGACAACACAGGCUGUGGGACGCUGGUGUCAGUUGGUGACCCCGUCACACACAGGAAGGCCGACAGCAUCGCAGGAAAAUAUGGUGUUUGGAUGCAGGACCCUGAAGCUGUUUCCCCUUAUGGACCCAGCAUGGUCUGGCGCAUUGACACGAUUGGCACUGAUGUCCGGCAGCUGUUUGGGUAUGAUGACAUGGAACAGCUCUCCAAGGGCUUCCCAUCCAAGGUCCUCCUGCUGCCUGACCCUUUAGAGAGCACAGGGGCCACCCUCUAUCGGGGCUCUCUGUAUUACCAGAGACGGCUCAGCCGCUCCCUGAUUCGCUACGACUUGGCUGCUGAACACGUUGCAGCCCGUCGGGAGCUCCCCCACGCCGGCUUCCAUGGCCAGUUCCCCUACUCUUGGGGGGGCUACACAGAUAUCGACCUGUCUGUAGAUGAGAAGGGUCUGUGGGCUGUCUACUCCACCAAUAAAGCCCAAGGAGCCAUUGUCAUUUCACAGCUGGAUCCACAAACCCUGGAGGUAAAGAAGAGCUGGGAGACUAACAUCAGGAAGGCAUCUGUAGCCAACUCUUUCAUCAUCUGUGGGAAGAUGUACACCGUGGCCAGCUAUGCUGCUCACAACACCGUCAUCAACUACAUGUUCGACACUGAAACCAGCCAGGGGAGGGCGGUGUCCAUCCCAUUCAAGAACAGGUACGGCUACAACAGCAUGGUUGACUACAGCAUGGCUCAAAGGAAGCUGUUUGCUUGGGACAACUUCCACCUAGUGACCUAUGACAUCAGUCUGGGGCGCCAGCAGGUCAACUAAGGUCAACAUGACGGACUGUUAAAAAAAGACAUUUGCUCCUCUGUUGCUGCUCCCAGUUUCAGAAGUGAGCGGCUGCAGUAGUUAGAAAGCCAACACCACCAGUAAGUAGCAGAGCCUAACUACUUAACACCUGAGGAACAGCGCCCCCAGCAGGUCUGCUUUCUCCGCUCUUCUUUUGUUUAUUUGCUGUGGCGUGGCCCACGAACAUGUUUUCAGAGGAACUAUUUUUUGUACCGCCUUUAAAUCAGAUGUAUUAUUUUGUUGUUUUUCAUGUUAAGCUAGUUGAAACUAAACAGUGGAACACUGUUCAGCCUUAAAAGGCAAGAUUCUUCCAGACGUUUAACUACACAAACUGUAAGCCUUACAGUGAUUUUAUCAGUCAACAGAAAUGCUCUUUCUAAAUAGCAUGUAUUGAAUACUGCAUGCAUUUGUACAGCAUAGUUAACAUGUAGCAAAGUGUCCAAAAAAAAAAAAAAUCAAGAAAUAAACUUCUUCUCACAACGUU